ACUGCCUGCUGUAUUUUUGGAUGUGGGAUCUCCUGAAUUAAGCGAGCAAGCUGGAAUAAAGAUGUAGUGUGAGCUAGUGGAAGGAGGGGUACAGAACAAGGAGAGUGCUGUGCUGAGGAGAGGGCUGGACGUCCCAGCUCAACGGACGGACCAGACGGACGGAGAUCUGGGGGGAGUCCUGAGGGGGAGACAAAGACGGAGGGUCCACUGGAUCAGGAAGAUGCCCUCUCGCUGCAGGAAUGCGCUGAACAUCGUGGUCACCACCCUUUUUGCUGCGGUGGUCCUCUUCACCAUCCUGCUGGCCUAUGUCACAGGCUACCAGUUCAUCCACACCGAGCAGCACCACCUCUCCUUUGGCCUCUAUGGUGCCUUCCUCUCCCUCCAUCUCUUCCUCCAGAGCCUUUUCGCCUUCCUGGAGCAUCGGCGGAUGAGGAACCCCGCCCGGCCCCAGCACCUCCGUCGCUCUGUGGCUCUCUGCAUCGCCGCCUACCAGGAGGACCCAGACUACCUGAGGAAGUGCCUGCGCAGUGUCCGCCGAAUUUCCUUCCCUGGCCUGAAGGUGGUGCUAGUAGUGGACGGGAACCGGCCCGAGGACCGCUACAUGAUUGACAUUUUCCAGGAGGUGAUGGGCGGGGCUGACCAGGCUGGCAGUAUGGUGUGGAAGGGAAACUACCACAGUGAUGGGAGUGGAGGAGGAGGAGUCAGAGCCGGAGGGAUGAGCACAGUGCACAUGGAGGAGGCAGCACGAGUGGCUCGGCUGGUCAGAGGCUGCCGCUACUCCUGUAUCAUGCAGGAGUGGGGAGGGAAAAGAGAGGUGAUGUACACUGCCUUUAAAGCACUGGGGGACAGUGUGGAUUAUGUGCAGGUGUGUGAUUCAGAUACAGUUCUAGACCCAGCAUGUACCAUAGAAAUGCUGAAGAUCCUUGAGGAAGAUCCGAUGGUGGGAGGGGUCGGUGGAGACGUGCAGAUCCUUAACAAGUACGACUCAUGGAUCUCCUUCCUCAGUAGUGUGCGCUACUGGAUGGCCUUCAACAUUGAGCGGGCCUGUCAGUCCUACUUUGGAUGUGUCCAGUGUAUCAGCGGCCCUCUGGGGAUGUACAAGAACUCUUUGCUCCAGUGCUUCUUGGAGCCCUGGUACCACCAGACCUUCCUAGGCUCCAAGUGCAGCUUCGGUGAUGACCGCCACCUCACCAAUCGGGUGCUCAGCUAUGGCUACAAGACAAAAUUCACGGCGCGAUCACAGUGCCAGACUGAGACACCAACCGAGUAUUUGCGUUGGCUCAACCAGCAGACUCGAUGGAGCAAGUCUUAUUUCCGUGAGUGGCUCUACAAUGCACUGUGGUUCCACAAGCACAGCCUUUGGAUGACCUAUGAGUCCGUGGUCACUGGCUUCUUCCCGUUCUUCUUGGUUGCCACAGUCAUACAUCUCUUCUACCGUGGAAGGCUGUGGAACAUCCUGCUCUUCUUAUUGACUGUCCAACUGGUUGGGAUGGUGAAGGCCACCUACGCCUGUUUUCUGCGUGGCAGCCUGGUCAUGAUCUUCAUGUCACUCUACUCUCUGCUCUAUAUGUCCAGCUUGCUCCCUGCCAAAAUAUUUGCCCUACUUACCAUCAACAAGGCUGGAUGGGGCACCUCAGGCCGCAGAAAAAUCGUGGUCAACUUAAUUGGCGCUGUGCCUGUCACAGUGUGGGCUAUGGUGCUGCUUGGAGGUGUGGCGUAUACAAUCUACUGUGAAACACAGGAGCCAUUUAGUGAGACAGAGAAAGCAUUGUUGAUAGCAGGGAUGAUACUCUACGCCUGCUACUGGCUCAUUCUGCUGGUGCUCUACCUGGCAAUUGUAGCCAAACGGUGUAACAAGAGGGAAGAGCAGUAUCACCUGCCAUAUGCGGAGGCAUAAACCUGCUACCAGAGACUGGUAGGACAUUCACACCGACUUUCACUGCAGUAUGACUCUAGCAAUGUCUCUGACCCUGUGAACUGCUCAAGUGAUGAGCUGUGAUCCACAAACACACUCACAUCUUCAUCAUUGGUGCUAAGAAGGUGUGAAUCUGAAAUCUGAGCAGCAGGAAUCUAAUCCAGUUGGGGGAGACUCAGAGAUGACUGGAUUCUCAGAGCUUUCCCAAUUAUAUCAUGCUUAAUGGUGCUUCAUAUUGAAAAACCAAACCAAAUGGAACCGAUCCAGUUUAUAAAGUGUUCAUACUCUUGUAAUAGUGGCAUGCUCAGAAGAACAUUAGGUAGUUUAUGGGCACAGGUUAGCUGUGAACUGUGACAAAAGGGUGCGGCACGGUGCUUUAAAUCAAUUUAAAGCACAAAGAGGGACAAAAUGAGACUAAAAGACAUAAAGGUCUUACUAAAUGGUUGGUCAGUUUUCAUGUCCUUCAUUUUGAAAAAGAUGAGAUGGGAUAAAAUGUGAUGGAACUGAGCUUUUAUAAUGAACAACAAUAGAUAAAAUAGUAAGGCAACUCUCUCUAGUCUAAGCAUCUCUAUUUUAGAUAAGUAGAGGGAACCUCGGAUGGAUUCAGAGAUUGGAGUGUAUCUGUAAGGUGUUCAAAGCACAUUUUAUAAGUGGUACAAUCGCCUACAGAGUCAACUGAAAGAACUGACCAGGCACGAAUAGAUGCAAAUUUGAUCUAGGCUUGAAAAUGUGUCGACUUGAGCAUUAAAAUGUGCCUUGAUCUCAAUGUUUUAUGAAUCAACUUUAUAAAAUACCGACAUGGGAGAAAAAGGGAGAGAGACUGAAGGUAAAAAAAACUGAAAGAACUUGGUGAGUUAAGUGAGAUUAGUCACAGGUGACACGAAAACACAUACAGCCAUUCCACACACACACUGUUUGUGCAUGAGUUCCUAGCCAGUUACAGCUAACGUCCGUACAGAUGGUACAACUGUGUGACUAAUAAACAUGGACUGUUUUUGCAGUUUAAGCAGCAAAAUUCAUGUGAAAAUUUGGUUUGUGUUGUGUCUCAACACACCAUGAAGCAUAGGUUAGGAUACUAAGUCUUAGUACGUUUGUACAAUACCCACAUGCAAUAUAUACUUUCAAAGAGUUAUUGUACUGUAAUCAUUCCACUCCAUACUAGCUGUGAAGUGGUAUCUUUUUAAAGAUGUAUCUUUUUAAACCCUAUACUCAGCAGCAAAAGUAAUGCAUUACAUUACUUGUUACAUCACUUUUCCCAGCUCCGUGAAUGCCAUUGCCAUGCCUCUACACCCUUACUUUGCAUUUUAUGUAUUUAAAAGAAACUGAGGAAUUGCGGUUUGACAAGCAGCCCUACAAUUUGGAGGGAUUUCCCAUUCGGCAGCUAGCUUAACCUAGGUUAAGCUGUUCGCAGCUUCCCAACCUCAGCUGUGCGGUUUUCACAAAAUCCAACGUUAUGAGUACUUCCUAAAUGUAGGCUUACCUACAGUAUGUUACCAGAAUAGGUUUACAUGGUUUAAUUUUCAAAAAACACCAUAUUUUUUUUAGCUUGAGUGAGGCAUCACACUUCAAUCUUUGAGGGGCAAAGCGGCGGUCAGGAAUGAGAACGUGACGCACACCCUGACACCCAUAAAUGUCCCGACUCACAAAAAUAGAAAAAAGAACAGCUUUACCUUCUGUCAGACAGCCCUUUUCUCAAAUUUCCACAGAAGUUCCCCCCCUCUCUCAGUUUAAUACAGUGUAAGCACAGUUAGCUCAUGUAGGUAUACACUGACUAUUGAUAAGUACCUCAUACAACCCCACUUCGGUGUAGUCACGUUUGGAAGGUACUGCUACACAGCCAGUGUGGACAGGAGGAAUGAUUACAAUGAUCUAAAACUCUUUUAUCCUGCAUAUGGGCGAUACUUGCAACUGGAUGUAAUGGUGCUCUGAGACCAGCCCUCAUUUACUCUCAUCACAUCAGCCAAGAACAGCACAUCAUUUGCUCUAGCUGUAUUUUGUGGAGCGGCUAUGAUUUACCAGAACAGACAAUCUAAUGUUUCUGAACAGGUGACACCCAGUUCUUUUGCUGUUUUGGUGCAGUGUCAAAAUGAGUAACGUAUUGUUGUACAUUGUGGUCCAAUUCUCAGUAUACAGUCACCAGUGGGUUGUAGUUUCAUUCAGUGAUUCAGAGAUUUUUUUUGUACCGUCACUUUUAUAUGUUGUAAAGGUGCCAAAUGAUGUAACAGUAAAGUUUUACUACGGGACACUAUUCUCUUAACUUUGGACAUUUGUUUCCUUUUACACUAGAUGUAGCCUUGGUUUAUUCAUUCCAUCAGCAAUGUAAAGACUGAAGACCAAAGAGAUUUCUUCUGAAGUGAGAGACUUGAGAGCUUUGCUUUCACUGUAUUUUUUCUUCUCAUUUUUAAAUUUUCCAUGAUUUCAGAUCACCAUCAGCAUAUCUGAACCUACACUGACAGAUGCCUUUUUGCUUUUGGGCAGUGGACAUUUCAUCUUUGUGCCAUUUAAGUUAUGCCCGUAUUGUUUUCUUUGGCUGGCUGUAUACGUUUUAACUUGAAAGUUCCAAAAAGGACUCAGAUUAAAAGGAAAUUGGGUUUAUAAUGUCCCUAUGCCUUUCUGACGGUCAACCAGUGAUGCAAAAAGUCUUGUUUCUUGACCUCUGCUGCUUCCAUCUCUGGGCUUCACAAGAUACUGGAAUUUUCCUAAGUCAUUAAAAUGCUUCCUGUUUUAGACACAAUCCUCCCAUUUAUACCAAAUACAGAAUGUCCCCGUGAUUUAAAUGACUGCAUUGACAUUUUCCCCGUGCUAUUUUGUUCACUGUAUAGUAUUAAAUAAAACGCAUGACUAAGGAAUUCAUGCCUCUCGUUUAAAGCUGAGGCUGCACUCUCGAACUUCUCUGCCACAGAGGCGGAUUCUAUUAACUGAUCAAAUUUAAGCAGCAGCUGACAAGAGGGAGAUUAUAACAAAAUAAGGUUGAUCACUACUACAUGUUCUUGCGUAGAGUAUCAUGUCUUAGUAUUUUAGGCCUUUAAUGUUAAAACAUUGAUGCUCUAGUCCAGAGGGAGAUAGUCCCUUCAACUGGGGGGGGUCCUCAGAGUUACUGCAGGGGGUCUGCCCAAAUUGUUGUUUGAUAUAUAUUAUUUGGAAGUAAAUAUGUGCCCAAAUUGUUGUUUGAUAUAUAUUAUUUGGAAGUAAAUAUGUAUAUGUAUGUAUAAGUCUAAGUAAAGAACAGGGUUCUCAUUUAUCAACCGUGCGUACGCACAGAUGUGUGCGUAUGUAAUGCGUAAGAACGCAAAGUGUGGAAUUUACCAACUUGUACUUACACUUAGGAAUGUGUGUAAAUACAAGCAAAAUACAUGCUUACGAACAGAAUGUAGUGGUAGAAUAGCAAUACUGCAAAUAAAAAGCAUUUAAGAGUGUCACAGUAUGCAUAACGCAAUUAACAUCCACAUAUGUCCUGUGUUUCCUUUUAUUAGAAAACACUCAAUUAGUCAUUUGUUUUAAACAGACAAGUUGCCUAAUUGGUGUCAAACCCUAUAAACGACAGCUGUGACAAAUGUUAAUAUACAUAAAUAUAGUGCAAUGGCUUAUCUUGCGUUAUGGGAAAACUUGGCAAACGAUGCGCUCAAAGAUUGCGCUGAUCUGCUUGGCGAGGGCAUAGAGAGGACACAGAGUGGCUUCAAAAAUGUACUGCUAGAUUCAUGACCUUCUCCCAUACAGCAUUUUUCUUUUGUUUGUAAUACCUCCAGCACUGAGUGAACCAAACAAUAUUUGUUGGUUGGAAUCAACCUCAUCGGUCAGUACCUCCAUUUCUGUGUUUGAGAGGUUCCUCUUCUUUGCUCUCUUUGCCAUUAUUGCGGUGAGGUAAAAAACACAUUCACAUGGUUGAUAAAGGGAUGUGUUACUACCAUAUAUGGUUAGUUGGAGGCGUUUCUGAAUGCAAAUGGCCUAAUCGUGAACGAGCAUGGUCGUCAAGAACAGGUGGGAUUCAUCAAGAUUGACAACGUACUGAUGUGUGUACGAUUGGCUUGCGCACAUUUGAUAAAUGCAGAUUUUUUUGUACUUAAGCACAUACAAAAUUUCAUUCGUAAGACAGAAUUUAGAACAUUUUCUACGCACUGUUGAUAAAUGAGGCCCCAGGAGAACAAGGCUUUCAAGAGCAAAAUAAUACUUUCACAACCACGUGAAAAUGAUCCUUCUGUUCUUAUAAAGGCAGAGGAUGAAAAUUCUUUUGUUUCGUCACAUUUUUGCCUUCAUUCAGUUACUGUAAAGACACAGACAGGAAAUGCAGAGAGAAAGAGGGGGAAUGACAUGCAACAAAGGUCCCCGGCUGGAAUCAAGUCAUUGCAAUUAUAUCAUACUCGUCUUAGCCAACAGACACACCAGUUAACCCAACCGUUCACCCUGCUAGCCUCAGUGUAAGUCUGUCCUACAUUUUGAUCCAGAACAAGCUAUCUCUGCAACUGUGUUUUUUUUUUUUUUUAAUUUUAUGAAGUUUGCUGUGGGUAUAAUAGUCCUUUACAUGCUGGCCUGCCGUAUGUUCCUUGAGCACCACCAUCCGGUCCAAGUUUUUACUUGAUCCAUAGUUUGGUCUAUCACAAGGUACUGUAUAUUGAAAACUAAUGGCUGGAUUUUAAUGAAACCUACUGUAGAUAUUGGUUAAUAUUUAUGUUCCCCUGAGGAUGUUUCCCAUUUAUUUUUGGGCCUUUUAGUGCCAUCCUCAGGACAAAAUGUACAUUUUCAUUCACCUGUUUGUAUGUGCAUUCAGUUUGUGCAUAAAAAAAAAAAAAAAAGCGGAGACACCAGAAAUGGAAUAUA